AUGCAUCUUCAACCGCCUCCCCAGUUAAAACAACAAACCAUCUGCUUCAAAUACAACCCUGUCUGUUGCAUGUGCUACCCUUUCUUCUGCGAGUCCGAACCUUUCUGCUGCAACCAUUUCUACGGCAGCUGCAACCAUGUCUGCGGCAAACCUUUGUGUUCUUCAUUUUCCUUCGUUUUUUCUUCAUUUAACUCCUUUCAUCAUUUUCUUUCUUUUUUUUACAUCUAUUCUUCACUUCUCCUUUUUUUUCUCCUUCCUCUAACUCAAUUCUUCAUUUUUUCAUUCCUUUUUUUUCUUUCAGCUUUUGUUUUUUAUUUUCCUUCCUUUUAUUCCUUUAACUCCUUUCUCUAUUUUCUUUCAGUUUUUCUUUUAGAUCUAUUCUCCAUUUUUGUUUUGUUUUUUCCGUUUAAUCCUAUCUUGAUUCUUCCUAUUACUCUUUUUUCUUUCUUUCUUUCUUUCUUUCUUUCUUUCUUUCUUUCUUUGUUUGUUUUUUGUUUGUUUAAAUCUCUUCCACUUUUUGUUCUUUUUUCCCUUCCAGUGGUCCUUUCUCAAGCCGCACCCGAUUUUUUUCUCCUCCCUUCCAUGAUAGUCUUCAAGAAUGAUUUUCUUUUAUUCGUAUUUUUUCCUCAUUUUCGUAUUUCUUUUUUUUUUUUAUCUUGUUUUUGUCACUCAUUUCUUCUCGUCGGAAUAUUUCGUUUAAUAGUUAUCUACAAUCUGCCUUUACUUACUCUUCAUUAUUAUGUUAUAACUUCCUUAGGUGUGUCUAUCUGUUUGACUGCCUUUCAAUCUAUCUCUCUAUCUAGCUAUUUCUUUCUCUCUCUCUCCCUCUCUCUCUCUCUGUACAUGACUAUAUCUGUCAGCUUAUCAAUCUCUAUCUAUCUAUCUAUCUAUCUAUCUAUCUACAUCAUUCUGUUCAUAUCUAUCAAUUUAUCUAUCUAUCUAUAUAGGCUUCUCUUUUCUCACGAACGAAGUCAGCCGAGUCGUAAACUCUUUGUCGUUGAAAUCUUAUUUAUUCUUGUCUUGCUCACGUUCAAUAUUACAUUAGUUUUUUUUCCGGUACCAAUUUUUCUUUCUUUCUUUCUUUCUUUCUUUCUUUCUUUCCUAUCUAUACUGUUUCUGUGGCAACCUCGCCGGCAGAUCAGAAACAAAAUCGGAAACUCUCAUUUAUCGGCAUUCAUUCCAAAUUACUUAUCCAGAUAUUGA